AUGACAUUCCCGGCGGUCCCCACUCAGAUGAUAGUUCUGCCUAUCAAGGAGGGCUUAAAGAUCGAAGAUGCAUCAACCAAAGAGGGCCAGCUCUGGUCGCAGAUACUAGACAUUCUGGAACGCUGGUCAGGAUUCCGUCGCCUGUACUGGGGUCGGCACGUGGAGGAGGCAAACCAGGUGCACCUUCAUAUCGUUCGAGCCAAUCUGCACCAGCAUUAUGCGCUCCUCUCCUCGCGCGAAUGGGAACAGAUCACCACCAUCUUGAAGUCGCUGGGAGUCCCCGACGCUAGCUCGCUCACAGUCCGCCAUGCCAUGAUUGCGGAGUUCUCGCCCAACCCACGAAGCCUAGGCAAUGGUGCUCCCGUAACGGGAACAGCUAUCUACCUAACUGCAGAUCCCGCGGCAUGGGAAAAGACAUGGGCACUGUGGACUGGCAUUGUCAGUAGCGUACCUGGAUGCAUUGGAGUUACGGGCGGCUGGAUGGUGGAGCCGGUCGAGGGCAACAGCCCCUGUUAUAUCGUUUAUGUCGGCUGGGAGAGUAUCGAGGUCCAUGACUCGUAUCAUAACACCAAACACUUCCGGCGACGAGCGGUUAUCCUCAGUGAGAAUAACCAAGGAUUCCGCGAAUACGGCCAUAUUGCUUUCAAACACUCACGUGUUCGACAGGAGGCAAAUUUGUAG